AUGUCUGGCGCAGAGCGCGAGGUCGGGGAGAAAGAGAAGAAGACGCUGCCGACAGCGACGCACGAUUCGCAGGGGCCCUUUAAUAGCCCGUUCGAGAAGCCGCGGCGCAAGGGCCAGUUCCAGCGGUACCGCGACGUGCCGGCGCUGGUGCACAAAUUAUGCCACUACGCGUACGUGCGCAAGGAAUUCGAGACGGAGCUGGAGAUUUACACGGGGAACUUCAACUUUGUACAUUCGGACACCCUGUAUCUCCUGCAGCUCGAGCAGAGGGACGUCAUGACUUUCAUGCACCUAGACCUAGGCGACGAGUACACGGGCAACCACACGUCCUUCCUGCAGCGGGCGUCGCCAACCGUGAGCAAGACGUCACCACACCUCGUUUGA